AUGGACCCAACGGAGUACCUCAUCGACAAGGGGUGGCUGCCAAGCAGCGUGAUCCGGCUCGGUAUAAGACGACAACUUGCCCAGCGCACACAAUUGAUCCAGUCCGAGUCUCUGUCCAAAGCAUAUGAACGCAAGAUGUCAUACGUCGCGGCGUUGCGUGCCCGACCGAUCGCGAUCGAGACAGACAAGGCCAACACGCAGCACUACGAGGUCAGCACGUCAGUGCUGCAAGCUUGUCUGGGGCCCCGGAUGAAGUACUCGUCGUGCCUGUAUCCGACCGGCGGCGAGACGCUGGCGCAGGCCGAAAUCGCCAUGCUGGAGACGUAUGUCGAGGAAGCAGGCCUGUCGGACGGGCAAGAAAUUCUGGACCUGGGCUGCGGAUGGGGCAGUGCGAGCCUGUACCUCGCGGAGCGGUUCUCGACGUCCAGCGUCACAGCGUUCUCCAACUCGCGGACACAGAGGAUCUACAUUGAGGGCGAGGCAAAGCGGAAAGGGCUCACGAAUCUGAAGGUCAUCACGGGCGACGUGGUCACGUAUGAGUUCUCGCCUAGCAUGUACGAUCGGGUGGUCAGCAUCGAGCUGUUCGAGCACAUGAAGAACUACGCGCUGCUGAUGCGGAAGAUCGGCCGUGCGCUGAAGCCCGGUGGGAUGCUGUUCGUGCACAUCUUCGCGCACAAGGACACGCCGUACGACUUCGAGGAGGGCUGGAUGAGCACCCAUUUCUUCACUGGCGGCACCAUGCCCUGUGCGGACCUCCUACAUUUCUUCCAGGACGAUCUGACCCUGUCGAAGCAGUGGUGGGUGAGUGGUACGCACUAUGCGCGAACGUGCGAGGACUGGCUGUCCAAGAUGAACGCGAGCAAGAAGGAGAUAUGGCCGGGCCUGGAGGAGUCUUACGGGAAGGAGAAAGCAGCCAUGUGGUUCUAUCGUUGGCAGGUCUUUUACAUGGCUUGUGCUGAGUUGUUUGCAUAUGAGGGUGGGGACACUUGGGGGGUGAGCCAUUACUUAUUCAAGAAGAAGGGUGAUGGCAAUCAGGGAGAGUAUCUUGAGCAUUGA